CUGUCCAUCAGAUAAUAACCAUCACUGUCUCCCUCAUCAUGGUUAUAGCCGCUCUGAUUACAACUCUUGUCUUAAAAAAUUGCUGUGCACAAAGUGGAAACACUCGGAGAAACAGCCACCAACGGAAAAUUAAUCAGCAAGAAGAGAGCUGCCAAAACCUGACGGAUUUCACUCCUGCCCGGGUGCCCAGCAACUUGGACAUAUUUACCGCCUAUAAUGAAACCCUGCAGUGCUCACAUGAGUGUGUUAGGACCUCAGUGCCCGUGUAUACUGAUGAGACUUUGCACCCAACUGGGGAGUAUAAAACCACCUUUAAUGGAAACAGACCUUCUUCUUCUGAUCGACAUCUAAUUCCUGUGGCCUUUGUGUCUGAGAAAUGGUUUGAAAUCUCCUGCUGACUGGCCGAAGUCUCUUUUACUUCCUGGGGGCAGGGCAGACGCCAUGUGUCUAUU